UGAAGACAUCUCAGAUAAAACACCUACGAGGCUGUGAGAAUGAUGGAGGGAAGAGAUUCUGAUUCGAACAGUAUUCAUUGCUAAGAGCACAGGAAGGCCAGGGUUAGGGUCUCUGUUGCCGCAUUGAAGUCAUAUCAGUACCUUGUCUGGAAGAAAAUAAAGCUGAGUUCACAGGAGAAAAAGCUGUAUAAAAAGAUUCUAUGAAAAAAAGCUGCCUGUAUGGUGAAGAUCAUGAAAAACACAAAAACACGUAUUCCCUUUCCUGUUCGUGGGAUCUCAGUGACGUUAUUUGCUUGAAAAAGAGCUUUGUUUGUAAAUGGAAAUCGGUGCCAGCAGCUAAUUGUUGUCUCCUGUUUUUUUUUUUAAUAAGUUUCCCAAUCAGUUUCUGAGAGGAACAGAUGUUCCCCCAGCUGUAUGUUCUUUGGAUGCAUUGGAUUGUUUUAGAAUUAGCGAAAACAGCAGAAGAAUCAUCCAGCUUCACGCCGCUAAGAGGUUUCACCAAGCUAAGAAUCAUCCAGUACGACAUGGACAGAAGUGCUUGGCUGUUUGCUGUGGUGUUUAUUGUUGAAUUCACCAGGGUAACCCCCUCUGACAAGCUUGUAAGUAUGCACUGCCAGUCCGAACACCAUGGGAAAUUUGGCCAGGACACAAAGCUCAGUUGUAUCGUGAACAGCACCUCUUCAGAAGUCAAAAUUGCCAAAUUACUUUGGAAGAAGGAAUCUCAAGGUUCGGUGUUAACUUAUGAUUAUGGCAAAAAGAAGGCAGAAGAUCCUCGUUUUGAGCUAGCCCACCAAAGUUGGGGUCCAAACAAUUUGGAUGUCUCUUUGUUGGUGAGAAACACAAAGAUAUCAGAUCAAGGAGCUUACUCCUGUGUGGUUGUGACAGACCGGGGUUUCUGUAAUGGUGUGACCACACUGCAAGUCACAGCUGCAUACGCCCAGCCCGUCAUGAGCUCCAUACCAGCAGAAAACAUUCAGGAAGACAGCACAGUGGAGAUUUUCUGCAACACGAGUGGGGGUUACCCUGAGGGAAGAAUCAUGUGGCAUGACCAGUAUGGCACAGACUGGACACGGAGUGCGCAGACGAAGGCAGUGCUGACCGAAGACGGGCGCUACAAUUUGACUAGCAAAUACACAGUGCUCAAGUCAUCCUCCAGCUCUCUUGAAUACAGUUGUUCAGUACAUAAUAGUCAACAAGUCAAAGAGGGAACACAGGUCCAUCAUCUGAUGUUUGGUCCUAAUAAGAUGGAAGGCCCCAGUAACUCCACUGCAGUGGCAGCUGUGUUCGUUGUGGUGGGAGCUCUGGCCGCUGGCAUUUUGGUUUUGUUCCUGUUUCGCCGAAGGAGGAACUCCGGAGCUGGUGACUACACCGCGAGAGAGAAGUGCUGAGGAGAGGAAUCUUCUGAGCUGGCAGGAUGUUUGAUUCACUGUCUGCUAACAGAGAAACCCACCAGGGUCAGCCAGCAGGGCCUGCUCGUGUUCUAACAUCUUGUGGACUUCCUGCCUGCCUGGUCCCCUAAAGAGAAAAUCUUCACCGCUCCAGGCUCCUCUUGUAACUGAUAUUUCAGCUUUAAUGAAGGUUUAAUGUCGUGAAUUUCUUUGUUUCCUAUCGUUUCAGUGCCCUUUCCUCAGCGGUUUUGUUUGCUUUCCUCCCACCACUUCUCUUUGUGCCAUGGAGACAUUACAGUGAUUCUACAGGACACAUGCCAUCAGUAGUUGAAACGUUAGGAAGGGGGAUUGCAGUCUAUAGGCUUCUGUUGAAACCCAUGUUGAUACCCUGUCUUUCACAAGAGCUGCAGUUCUGGAAGAAGGCUCUCUUAAGACAAAUCUGCGUUUUGACACCAUAAAAAAGAUGACGAUUUUUUCAUUUGACAUUUGUUCCUACAGUAUAUGAAUGGAGGCCAGAUAUGAUGAGAGCUCAGAAUGAGGCCAGGGUAAAUACAGUAGCCACCAUCGCUUCUGUUUCAACCGUUGAAAAAAAUAAUACAAUAAAUCAAUACAAUAUAACGUUGGAGGUUUUUCCAAGAUCACCAGGCUGCCAUUGUGUAAGUUCUGGAACAGCCUGACAGAUUUAUUUUCUCCUUUUGUUUUUACUGUGAUCCACUUUAGAAGCCUUUAGACAGUGAACCACCCAAGUUUCAACUGCAGUUGAAACAGUGUGCAGUUACAGGUGGAAUAUAUUUUGCAAUCUUUUGGCAAAGGACAAUCACAAUGUGUGUUACAGGAGAGUGUGUGAGUGAAUAUUGCCUGUGUUUCCAUUAUACUUUUAAAUGCAUGUGUUUGCAUUUUGUUUAGUCAUGCUCCUGUUAUUUGUUUAAAGCGAAAUGAUUUACCCUCCCAUCCUGCAGAAUGUAGCCACAAUGUUUCCUCAUUUCUUAUUUUUCAGUUUUUCUCUUCAUAAUCAUGCGGAACAUCAAAAAUACUGUAUAUAUGUUUAUUACUUCUUAAAUCCUGGAUGUUUAUACAAUUUUAUAAUCUAAUUGUACAAUGCCAACGUACUAAAUCUUUUGGAAUCACUGUAUUUUUAUAUGUUGUAUAGUGAUUAGCAGUAGCUUUUGGGAUGUUCACUGGUCUUGGCUGAGCCCCAGUGCCUGCUGGUUUGCAGUCUGACAGAGCCCUGGGUUUUUAAUGAGCAUCAUGGCCCGUCGAUGGGGUGGGAGGGGCAGGCGGGCUUGUUCAGAGCUCAGGGUGAGCCCUCGCUAAUGGCAGGCUGGAGUCUGGGCUGUGAGUGGGACCCCAGGAGGCGAGGCGCUCCGAGGGCAGUGUGGGGGUCUGAGUGGGCUGUUCUGUCACUCGGCAGUGGGGAGAGAGCGUUGGCGCUCCGGGGGUCCCGCCGGACCAACGGCCUGAGCACAGCAGCGCAGCACGCCACCCUCCUGCCAGAGCAGGCCGCGAGACUGGCCAGCGGUUUCAGACCAGCAUGGGGGGCUAUAACGAACAAGCUCUUUCAAAUACUCCUGUAAGGAAUCGGAAAGAAAAGAGCUGGAUUUCCUCCACCUGAAGGAAGGUGUGAAGUGGGAAACAGGCUGGGUGAGUACUGGCAGGUGCUGGCAUCCUCCAGGACCAAGACUGAAAAACUCGUAACACCUUUGAGAGACAAUGUUUUCUUUUACCUUUGUUGUCAUGUUUGUGUAGCACUGUUUGUUUUCACUUCUGGGUACAUUUUACCCUGUUGAUGUUUUUAAUUGUUCGUCAGUUUCUUCCACGAGUAAUCCUUGUCUUUUAACAAGGAUUCAUCUGGGAGUCUUUUAUUAAAACACUCAGCGUGGAGAAUCCUAGGAGCCAACGCAGUAUUUCAGCCAGAAGAGAAUGGUUAACCGGGUGAGGAUGUACAGUAAUUGAACAAAAACAUCUGCACUCAGCUGCACUGUCUUUUUCCUAACGUAAAUGACAUAAGGCGCUGGCCUUUCACAGCUCUUGACCAUCCUGAAGAGUCACUGCUGUGGUGAAACGUUGAUUUAUUGUGUUGUGGUAAUUAAAAGAGAAUCAAAAAACAAAUUUCUAUUGGCUUGGCAUGCAGGUAAUGGAGAACUAGUGUAGAGUUUCAAAACUCAUUCUGGGACAAUAAAAGGAUUGAAAGGCCUUCAGUUCCAGUUCUCCACGUGCCUUCAGCUGUGGGAUUUUGAAAUGGCAGUGUCUGGACAGACGAAAGCGUGUCUUCACGAGUGAGGGUACAGGUUUUGUGCUCGGUAGGAGCAACAAAGAUUGAACUCCUAUCAGAAUGACUGUGGCUUGUGAGAGUUACUUGUGUUGGGUUUUAAUAAUAUCAUUGCGGAUACCAAUCAAUAAUGAAUUGUAUAUACCUGUGUAACAUUUAGUGCCUGUUAUUUGCACUCCAAAAUAAAGACACCUAUUUUUUAAGUGUUGGCAACUGUGUUUAAAAAAAUACCAUUUUAUACUUGCCAGCAAUUUUUUUUCUCAGGUUUUCAGGCCGCUGGGGAAAAGAAACAGCCCAAAGUUAACCUUGAGAGCUGGAUGUGAUGGUUCAGUGACUUUGUAUGGCAGGGCUCUGAUGGGAAUGGCUGGUUCAUUCUCCGAUGCCACAGGUAGCUCUGUUGUGAUCAUCCCCCCUGUGCUCUGUGUUUCCUGAUGGAGCGUAUUACUCGAUCAGUGUCCCACAAUCUUUCAAAACUGAGUGUAAGACCCUCGGAAAACCUGCAGGAACAUGCGGAGUGGUAGUACUGGCCUGUCGUCAGGUAACACUAAUAAAGCAAGCGGAAUGAAAUUAGAAUCUUUAACAGAAUGGCGCAUGUAUUGAUAAGCAAUCAUUACUGUUGUGAUCAUUUUCAAGAUUAAUGUGCUACUGAGCCAUUUUUACUACCGUGAUUUCUUUGGUUGGGGGAGGGCAGAGAUUCUUUGUUCUGUUGCUUAUUUUACCUAAAAACUAAAAAUAAAGCACAUUUACAGAUACG